AUGCCGGACGAGCCGCGGCGUAUCGUUAUUGAGAAAUCCAGCACCGUGCGUCGCCGGUAUCAACGCAGCAACAAACAAUUCCGGUUCACGGCCGCUGAACUCAAACGGAUCGAACGCGAAGAAGAACUCGACCGCCGUGCCAAAAACAUACGAGAGAAGGAAAAGAAACGUGUUGCCAACAAGAAAAAGAAGGACGAGCAGGAGCGGGAAAGGAAGCGACUUGGCCUGCCCGAUCCCAAUGCCCGCAAGGUUUCUUCUAGUCAACCGUUGCUUUCGAACUUCCUAGGCCUUGCUAGACAACCCCCGCCCAUUCCGGAACCACAGCUAGCGCAUGAUACAACAGGUUCCGGUGUCGAUAGUGUGGCGGGAGAUACAGAGGAAGACUCAGAUGGACCGGACGACUUGGACGAGGAGUUGGAAAAUGAAUUAUCCUGUCUACAAGAGGCACUUGUUCCUGAAAACUUCGAUGAUCGUGAUGCAGUCAUUCAAAAGGAUGACCCUGACGCAGAAUCAGAGAAUGACCCGCCCCUUCUCCAAGAGGUGACGGUCCCGACAGAAGGCGAUGAACAUGGCGCAAGAGACGAAAGGUCAGGAAACGGAGUCCUCUGUCUAGAAAAGGCAGUGUUCCCCGAUGAAGUUGAUGGACUUGAUGCAAACCUUGAAAGUGACCAAGCCGACGGAGACACGGACCCUUUUGACGACUUGGAUGAAGAAUUGGAGCGAGAGCUUUAUUGUCUCCAGGAUGCAGGCAUUCUAGAGGAGAAUAAACACGAUAAGAUUACAAACGACACAAGCCAUGAGACAUUGGCAUUAUGUUAUGACCGAGAUGAUGAUGAAUUCUCAGAUUGCUCUGCAUUUGAUGACGCAGACAUUCUCAAAGCAGCCGAAGCUGUGAUAGAGUCGCCCUCCAUCCAACCCGGCCCGAGGGACCAUCUGCCAUCCAAACCUGCCAUCAUCGUACACCCUUCUUCAAAUGACCGUCCCAAUCCAGUCAUGAACACCAUUCCUACGGCUAAUGAUUCGUUUCGAGAUGACACGGCAGACUAUAUGGAAGAAGUCUUUGAGCGUGGUGCUGGCGAUUCAUUUUGCGAGAUCUACGAGUAG